AUGCGAGGCUCUUGUACAGAUAAGAACUGGGCAUCUCCCGAGUGUGCAAUGUUCUGUCUUGGCGCGGAUAGAGGAGGAACGGACUUGAUUUCGUGCUCAAACGUUACAAACAGCGAUACCUCGUAUUGUUGCGACCACAAUCCAAACUGCUGCAACAGCGGUGUCGGCAGAUUCAACGUCCUCCCGUCGAACCCGGAAGUUUGGGCGACAUGGAACCGAAAGGCAACUCAAUAUGCCGUUGUUGGCACGAUUUUUAAGGACGAAUCUACCUCUACUAAAGCGUCGGCUACUACGACAAUCAUAUCAUCGGCUACAUAUACUACAUCUGCAUCUGUCACCUCGGCAAGCGAGACAUCAAUGUCUUCCAGUUCUAUGCCGAAAACAACAGAGCCGUCCGAGGCACCUUCGGGACUUUCUACAGGCGCAAAGGCAGGGAUCGGGGCUGGCAUCGGUGUUGGGGCCGUCCUGGCUGUGGCUGUGAUACUUCUUCUUUGGAAUAUGCGUAGGACUCGGAGGGCUCGAGAGAGUGAGAAACAACCACCUGUGUACUACAAACCAACUAUGAGUGCUUCUUGGCAACAAUCCCAUCACGUGCAUGAUCCCAAGGAGCUCCAAUCUCGGCCCCCUCAGGAACUCGACGGACAUCAGUGCCAGGCUUACAACGUACGGGCUGAGCUGCCAGCAUAUAGUUAA